AUGGCUUCAAUCGCUCGCUCUCUGCGCUUCGCCGCCCCUCUAACAAGGGGUAUCGCUCCUCGCGCUCCCAUUGCCCGCCCUAUUCGAGCUUUCUCCUCCACCAAAUUGAGCCUCGCUCGCAAAUACACAAAGGACCACGAAUGGAUCGAUCUCUCCGCCGAUAAGAAGCACGGUUUCGUCGGUAUCUCAGAGUACGCUGCCGAGCAGCUCGGUGACGUAGUCUACGUUGAGCUCCCCGAAGCCGGUCAGUGGGUUGAGCAAGGUGACGCUGUCGGCGCCGUCGAGUCAGUCAAGUCUGCCAGCGACAUCAACGCUCCCGUUCGUCUGCGCGUUAUCCAAGUCAACGAUAACCUCGAAGAGAAGCCCUCCACGAUCAACAAGGUUCCCGAGGACGAUAGCGCCGGUGGUGGUUGGAUCGCAAAGGUCGAGGUUGACGAGGAGGGCGCCAAGCAGUUUGAGAAGUUAUUGGACGCCGAGGCUUACAAGACGUUUGCUGGAGCCGAUUAA